AUGGCUUCUCUGUUUAAUAUCCUCCACAUCCUUCAAUUCAUAAUUCUCUUGAAACUGAUUCAGAUACCUUUGUACUUGAGCUCUGGUGAAGGUUGUGAAAAUCUGUUUACUUGUGGAAAUAUAACACAAAUUGGUUUUCCUUUCUGGGGAGAGGAGCGACCAGAAAAGUGUGGCUACCCUUUGUUGCAACUCACUUGCAUAAACAACAUCAGUUACAUAACAAUCAAUGAUGUCAAGUAUCAUAUUUUAGAAGCCAAGCCCAAUGAACAUACUUUAAGAAUCACCAGAGAGGACUAUUUGCAAGGUCCGUGUCCAGCAAAACAUGUCAGCACAACAUUAAACACUAAGAUCUUUGUUUAUGGUUCUAAAUACAAUAAUCUUACCUUCUUCUAUGAUUGUCUACCUUCAAUUGCCUUCCCUUCUCGAAGUGGACGCUUUUCAUGUCUCUCAAAUGGUUUUCCUGAUGAAUAUGUUUAUACUUGGUUUGGUUCUAAUAUUGGUGUUCAAGCUUUCCCAUGCAAAGAAAGUAUGGUUGUUCCAGUUUCUACUCUAUUUAAUGAUGUUCAGGAUUUCAUUAAAAUACAAAGGGCCAUUGAAGAUGGAUUUGUGGUGAAAUGGGUAGCAGGUAUUGAAUAUUGUAAGAAGUGUCUAAAAUCAGGUCAAUUUUGUGGUUAUAAUCCUACUUCAAAUCAACCAACCUGCUACUGCAGAGGUCAAUCUUGUUCUAAUUUUGUACCUGAUGCUAGUCCACCUCGACAGUCUCAGGAAUCUCUUCCGCCUUCAGUUUUCUUAGUGAAGUGGAUUUCCAUGAUCACGUAUUGCAAAGUGUCUGAUCAAGAUCGGACAGCUCGCACAUCAACUGUAAAAAAACAUGAUUGA